AUGCAAUCAAACUAUUGUGAUUCACAUCAUAGGAGUUAUGACUAUUCCUAUGCGACGCAUAUAGUAUUAUGCAAUCAUUUGAAUGAUCUGACACUGGAGGUGUGCCCAAACAUGGAUAGGGCCGGUAUAGUGUUUCCCAAAGUUAUGGCUGCAGAGAAGGAGGACAGCGCCGAUCAGUCCAUCGCAUCCGUAGCCAACUCUAGCCUUACUAAAGCCAUGGGCCCUAAAAACCCCCGGUUUUCAUUGAGUAAAAUUAUGACAAACGCCGGCUAUUAUGUGAAGCAAUCGCUAGGGCUGUCCACCCGUACCGGCAUUGGUGUUAGUGAUGGUGUGUGCAAUGACGGGGUAAAGGCAGCUGCCGUACAACCAGAGCCUCAAUCUACACCUCCUGUACCAACACUAUCGGCAGAACCCACACCAAUAGCCUCGCCAUUAGAGCCGGGCUCUCACCCCUCGGCGCCCAUCAACUAUCUGGACGUUGACCUGAAUGUCGACACUAGAGUGACCAACCGUGCAGGUUUGGCCUGUACAGUACAGGUUUUGGACAAACUGUUCAGUGUUCAGGCGAGGAUCUCGCCUGAUUAUGGUUUCUCAUUUUUUGAGUUGGUCACUCUAGUCGACACAUUUACCACAACCGCCAGUUCCCCAUACAUGCCGUACAUUACAGUAACCGUAUGUGUGGUCGACGUAUGGGUGACUUGUGUGCGGUUCGUUCGCGUUGAUUACCUGGCCGUCAUUACCGGUGCCGACGAUCCGGACGUUAUCGUCAAACAAAUGGCCAAAAGUGGUUUCGAUGGUUGGGAUUACACAAAGUGUUUGAAUUACUUUUACAAGGCGUUAGAAUUUUAUAUAAAGACUUUGGCGAACUGUCCAAACCGGGUGACGGCGGCCACCGUUUACCCCCUGUUCAACACAAUGCACUCAUUUGUACCCUAUUUUCUCAUGACUGCCAAAAACUUAGCGAAACUCAACGAAUUGAAGCGAUUGUUUGCGGAGAAAUGCGGCGAAUGUUUGGACACAACUACCGAUACCUGUGUUGUUAUAAAAAGACAUCUCCUGUCCUAA